AUGUUAUGUUACAAACAUUGGCUUUCUCAUCAAACAAUAGAAGAUGAUCAACAAGAAAUGAAUUAUACAUCAUCAUCAACUAUAAAUCCAGAUUCAGAUAUUGAUGAAAAUGAAAAUUUUUCUGAUCUUUUAACAGAAUGUACAAAUCAUGAUGAAUAUCAUAGAUCAGAAACGAAUCUUUAUGAUUCUAUUCAAUUAGAAGAAAAUAUGUUAAACGAAACAAUCAGUUCUAAUGAAAAUCAAGAAAUGACUGAAUCGAAAAUAUAUGAAAAAGAAAUCGAAUGGUGGAAUGAAAUAACACCAUGGAAAAAUAGUGAAAAUUUUAAUGCAAAAAUAAAAGAAGAACCAAAAACUAUUUCGACGAAAUAUAUAAAUAAAAAUGAAGAUUCAAAUUAUAAUAUCAAACAAAAAAGAAAUAUUUCAAAGAAAAAAUUUGAACGAUCUAUAACGUGUCGUUCAUACUGUGGUCAAUGUCCAUUAACAUUUGAUGGAGCAUUUGGUUUAAUUCAAGCUUAUCAUCAACAUCAACUUUGUUUGUCAUCAAAAAAUUUAAAUAAAAAUAUAUAUCUUUAUCAACAUUUUCAUUCAAAACAUGGUUUUACAGGUGAAGUAUCAAUGCGUCUUGUAAGAGCAAUUAUUCAUCAACAAGAUCCAUAUGAAAUAAAAUUAUUUUCAUCUAUUAAUGAUACACCAUUAACAUUAUAUGAUCCAUUUCAUAAAGUAAAAUGUCCACUUUCAACAAGAUAUGAUAUUAUAAAUACACCAUGUUUAACACAAGAAAUUACUCGAAAAAGUAUUCGACGACAUUUAUUUGGUGUACAUCGGUUAGAUGAACAAACAAUUAAUAAACUUAUUAAAGAAAUGAUUAAAUAG